AUGGGCGAGAUGUUCCAGGCGACGCUGCGCCUCGGCGGCGUCUUCGGCACGCUCCGGCGGUCGCGGCGCGCGGAGCUCGAGCCCGAGGACCUGCCGGCGCCGCUGACGAGCUUCCGGUCGUCGGGCAACGAGGCGCUCUUCGCCGAGGCCUGCGCCCGCUGGGACGCGGCGCUCGGCGCCUACGAGAAAGCGCGCAAGUGCACGGCGGCGUCGCUCGCGGGGUCGAAGCGGCAGCAGCUUGGCCGCAUCUUCGUGCGGUCCCAGCUCUACGGGGGGCUGCGGCGCUGGUGCGCCGCGGGCGUGGCCAUCUCGGCGCUGGGCGGGCUGCUCGGCACCAUCGGCCGCUUCCUCGUGCUCCAGUCGAUCGUCCACGGCGUGCAGUACGGCACGCGCGCCGAGGUGCUCCGGGGCGCGCUGCUCUUCGCCGCCGUGAGCGUCGCCGAGGGCGCCUGCGCCGUCUACUCGCGCCAGAUCCUCGCGGGCAACGUCGCCCACGUCCUCGUCGCGCGCGCGAACGCGUGCCUCGCGCGCAAGGCCGACCGGCUCCGGGCCGCGGGCUCCGCGGCGCCGCCGCUCGACGCGAUCUACGGCGCGGACUUCCCGCGGCUGCUCUCCCUCGUCAAGUUCCUGGCCAUGCUGCCCUGCGGCGUCGCGGCGCUCCUCGGCGGCGUGGGCAUCCUCGUCGCGUUCCUCGGCGUCGGGUCGCUCGUCUGCCUCGGCUGCAUGGUCUGCGUGCUCAACGGCCAGCGCCUGCUGACGCUCGGCGGCAAGCGCCUCGAGCGGCCCAUGAUGAAGGCGCGGGACCGGCGCGUCGCGGGCGUCAAGCAGGCCGUGGAGUGCAUCAAGGCCGUCAAGUUCUACGCGUGGGAGGAGCAGUACCGCGACGCGAUCGGCGACCGCCGCGACGCGCAGCUCAAGCUCGCGACGGCCUACCGGGCCUACGUGAUCCUGUCCGUGAACAUCGGCAAGUGCUUCCCCGUCGUCGCGGGCGCGAUCACGAUCCUCACGGUCGCCGCGCAGCGCGGGGGCACGAUCUCCGCGGCCAAGGCCUUCGGCGCGCUCGCGGUCUUCCAGACGCUGCGCGUGGGCAUGAUCAUGCUGCCGCUCUGCAUCGUGCUCGUCAACACCAUGCUCCAGACCUUCCAGCGCAUCGGCGACGUCCUCGUCGGGCCCGAGGACGCCGCCGUCGCCGCGCCCGCAGCCGGCGACGUCGCGCUGCGCUUCGCCGGCGUCGUCGCGACGCGCGACGGCGAGGACCGCGCGCGGAGCCCGAGCCUCGAGCCCGCGCCGGAGGCGGCGGCGAAGGCCGCGCGGCGGCGGUCGCUGCGGACGACGUCCGAGAGCCUCGCGGCGGCCGCGCCCGCGCUCGCCGAGGAGGCCAAGGACGAGCUCCUGGAGCCGGCCGGCGAGCCGGCCUUUUCCCUGGCCCUCGACGACCUGACCGUGCGGCGGGGCAGCGUCGUCGCCGUCGUCGGGCCCGUGGGCGCGGGCAAGUCGACGGCCGUCGAGGCCGCGCUCGGCCGCGUCGAGGCGUCCGGCGACGUGACCUGCGACGCGUCCGUGGGCUACGCGCCCCAGGACCCCUUCGUCGCGACGGGCACGAUCCUCGAGAACGUGCUCCUCGGCCGCGCGCUCGACGAGGCCGCGUUCGCCAAGGCCGUGAAUCUGGCGGCGUUCGAGCGCGACCUCGAGCUCCUGCCCGACGGCCGCGACACGGUCGUCGGCGAGCGGGGCACGACGCUCUCCGGCGGCCAGCAGCACCGCCUGGGCGUCGCGCGCGCGGCCUACGGCGACCCGCGGCUCCUGCUGCUCGACGCGUCGCUCGCCGCCGUCGACGCCGCGGUCGCGCGGCGCAUCUUCGACGGCGUCAAGGCCUGGACGCGCGACGACCCGAAGCGGGCCGCCGUGCUGGUCCUCUCGCAGCUCCACUUCCUGCCGGAGUGCGACCAGGUCGUCCUCGUCGACGACGGCGCGGUCCUCGCGGACGGGCCCGCGGCGGCGCUCGCGGCCAAGGCCUGGGACGAGGGCAGCUUCGGCGCCUUCGUCAGGGACGCGCUCGCGGGCGGCGGCGGCGACGCGCCGUCGAAAUCCGUCGACGAGCUCGUCGCGCCGGAGACGCCGAAGGCGCGAGGCCGCGCGCUCGACGAGGACAAGGCCGACGCGCUCGUGAAGAAGGAGAAGGUCGCGCGGGGCGUCGUGUCCGCCAAGGUGCUCCUGACCUUCUUCCGCGCCGUGGGCUACUGGCGCAUCGGGGCCAUCGUCUUCGGCUACUGCUUCGCGGGCGCGAUCCUCGCCGGCAGCGACGUCAUCCUCGCCAGGUGGACGGGCUCGCGGUCGACGAGGACGGCCUACCCCGUGGCCUACGCCGUCGGCUGCGUGUGCUACCUGUGCGUGCUCAUCUCGUCGAGCCUCGCGGGCGUCGUCUGGACCGCGCGCGGGUCGCGGGGCCUGCACCGGCAGACGCUGAAGACGGUGCUCGGCGCGCCCGUGUCCUGGUUCGAGGCGAACCCGAGCGGGCGCAUCCUCUCGCGCUUCGCGGCGGACUUCGACGUCGUCGACAUCGACUGGGGCAACAUGUUCGACGGGUUCCUGUCCAUGGCGACGAUGUUCUUCAUGCUCGUCGUCAUGAUCUCCGCGAUCGUGCCCUACCUCAUCCCGAUCAACCUGUUCGUGUCCGUCGGCCUCAUCCGGACGCUCAACGUCAUCAACACGGCGAACCGCGACGUGAAGCGCAUCGCGAACAACGCCGUGUCGCCGACGGUGACGACGGCGGCGGAGAUGGCGCGGGGCCGCGUCGUGAGCCGCGCGCUGCGCUGCGGCGCGUUCUUCCGCGAGCGGCAGCGGCGGCACGUCGACGCCAUGCUCGGGGGCUUCUUCCAAUCGACCUGCAUCAGCCAGGCCGCCUACGGGUCGGCCACCCUCUGGUGCUCGCUCAUGGCGCUGUCCGCGGCGCUGCUCAUCGCGCUCGUGCCGGGCGUCGUGUCCGACGACGUCGCGCCCGUGGCGCUGACCUACGCGCUCGUGUCGCCCUACUUCGCGUCGAUGAUGUCCGAGGUCUACCUGCAGAUGUCCAUCAUGGCGACGUCCCUGGAGCGCGUCGCGGAGUACCUGCCCAAGGAGGACGGCGGCGUCGUGCCCCAGGAGCCCGCGCGCGACGGCGACCUCGACGCGCUCGCGGACGCGCCGGGCGCGCCCUGGCCCGCGUCCGGGCGCGUCGAGUUCGUCGACGUGUGCCUGCGCUACCGGCCGGGCCUGCCGCUCAGCCUCCGGGACGCGUCCUUCGACGUCGCCGCGGGCGCCAAGGUCGGCGUCGUCGGCCGCACCGGCGCGGGCAAGUCGACGCUGCUCGUGGCCCUCUUCCGCCUCGUCGACGUCGCGUCGGGCGUCGUCCGCGUCGACGGCGUCGACGUCGCCAAGCUCGGGCUGCGGCUGCUGCGGCGGCGGCUCUGCAUGAUCCCGCAGGAGGCCGUGCUCAUGAGCGGCACGGCCAAGGACAACUGCGACCCCUUCGACGAGUUCGCGGAGGGCGCCGUGGCCGACGCGCUCGAGGCCGUGGGCCUCGCGCGGUCGCUGCUCCACGCGUUCCUCGGCGAGACGUCGCUGUCGACGGGCGAGCGCCAGCUGCUGGCCCUCGCGCGCGCGCUGCUCCGCAAGUCGGCGGUCGUCGCCUUCGACGAGGCGACGGCGCACGUCGACGCGAGCACGGACGCGAAGAUCCAGGCCGUCGUCGAGACCCAGUUCCCGCGGUCGACGCUCCUCGCCAUCGCGCACCGGCUCCACACGGUCAUCGGCUUCGACCGCAUCGUCGUCAUGGACCGGGGCACCAUCGCCGAGCAGGGGCCGCCGCUCGAGCUCCUCGACCGCGCGCGCGGGCCCUUCGCGACGAUGACGGCCGCGCUCGGCGCCGCGGCCAAGGCCGAGCUCCGCGACAUCGCGCGCGGCGCGCUGGACCGCGCGACCCUCGUCGUCGACGACGCGGUCCUCGUCGACGACGGGCCCGCCGUCGACAAAGCGAUGGCCAUGACACGGCCACACGCGACGCUCGUCCUGCUCCUCUGCGCGCCGCUCGUCGCGCGCGGGUCGCUCUUCGACAUGACGCGGAAGGAGGCGGAGGCGCCCCUCGUGAGACGGACGGGCGACGGCUACACGUCCGAGGGCUACGGCGUCGACACGUCCUUCCCCAUGCACCACGACAUCCCCAAGGGCACCUGGGGCGACGCCAUGUACAAGGAGUUCAUCAACGGCUGCGCGAACAAGUUCAAGAUGGGCUCGUGCCGGAGCAACGAGGAGAGCCGCAUGGCCAUGAACCGCGACCAGAUCCCGCGGCAGCGGAACUUCACGGAGCUCGGCUUCGCGAAGAUCCGGGCCCCCGAGAACGUCUACGGCCCGGCCCGCGCCUUCUGGGACCUGCACAAGGACAGCGGCACGUCCGAGGCGUGGCCCGCGGGGAACACGUACGUGAACCACUGGAAGGCCGACAGCCACAUGGUGAGCCUCGAGGACCGGCGCUGGCAGCCGCUGGGCCUGCGGACCAAGGACAAGAUCUGGGCCGGCGCGAAGCCCAUCCUCGAGGCGUGGACGGGCCAGACCCUCAAGCCGACGUCGCUCUACGGCAUCCGCAAGUACUUCCGCGGCGGCAUCCUCGCGACGCACGUCGACCGGCUGCCGCUCGUGACGUCGUGCAUCAUCAACGUGGACCAGGACGUCGACGAGCCCUGGCCCAUCGAGGUCGUGGGCCACGACGGCGUCGCCUACAACGUGACGCUGGAGCCCGGCGACAUGGCGCUCUACGAGAGCCACACCGUGCUCCACGGCCGGCCCUUUCCGUUGAAGGGCAACUUCUUCGCGAACGUCUUCGUCCACUUCAUCCCCGUGGACCCCAACGACCACAACCAGAACCACCCGGACAUCGACUUCUCCUGGACGAAGAACGCGCGCAUCGAGCGCGCGCAGCCCGCGAAGCUCGCGGAGGCGCGGCAGCGGCUCGCCGACAUGCCGAAACCCGCGCCGCACAACGUGAGCCUCGGCUGGGCCCGCGCGGCCGCCGCGCGCCACGACACGGGCGCCAAGCCCCUGGCCCAGACCGGCGCCUACGACCACCGCACGGUCGAGGAGGGCGGCGCGCCGCUCCCGAAGCCCGGCUCGCUCGAGGGCCGCGCGGCGCGCGCGGCGCGGGGCGGCCCGCCGCGCGCGCCCAAGGCCGCGCUCAACGAGGAGCCGGGCCACCAGGUCGUCGGCGGCGAGGACUUCGGCGCCGACGCCUUCGCGACGGGCACGCUGAGCCUCCACGCGGCCGCGGCGAACGGCGACGUCGACACGCUCCGCCGCGAGCUCGAGCGCGACCCGGACGCCGUCAACGCGCCCGACGAGAACCUCUGGACGCCCCUCCACGAGGCCGCGCGCGCCGGGGACCUCGAGACCGUCGAGUUCCUCGUGGAGCACGGCGCGAACAUCGCGGACACGACCAUCUCCGGCUCGUCCGCGCUGUGGAUCGCGAAGCAGAACCACCACAACCGCGCCAUGUGGCCGCUCGCCUCCGUCUCGGCGCGCGGGUUCGGCGCGUCGUCCGCGGCGUCGUCGUCGCCGACGGCCAUGGACACGACCUGGCUCCCGAAGGAGACGACGACCGCCUUCAUCCGGAGCUCGACGAUGACGGCGUCGUCGACGCGGGACCUCGACUUCCGCAUGCUGCUGCCCCUGCCCUACGGGCCCUUCACGCCGCCCGCCGAGGCGGACAUGGUCGUCCUCGCCCGCGGCGAGCGGAACCCGCACUGGGAGGCCGGCGUGCCGCGCUACAUCGCCGAGCGGCGCUGCGAGGGCGGCGCCGAGGCCUUCUACCUCCGGCUCCGGUCGCGCGACCGCCAGGCGUCGCGGCCCGCGAUCGGCUACUUCGGCGACGCGGCGGACGACGAGGCCUACGCCGCGGAGGAGCGCUUCGCGCCGGCCCAGCUGGCGCGGGCGCUCGUCAACGCGACGCCCCUCCACGCGGCGCUCGCGCUCCGCGCGCCCGACGCCGGGGCGGGAACCGGGCGAUUCGAGUUCGCUUCAACGCCCGACGCCGUCGUCCUCGCCGCGCUGCGGGGCCGGCCGCGCGACUGCGACCGCCGGCGUCCCGCGACGAUGUUCCGCGCGCUGUUGGCCGGGAAAACGGAGAGACGCGACCGCACCGCGUCGGGCCUCUACCCGCUCAACGUCGCCCUCGAGGCCUACGACGCGGCGCGGCCCCGGUCCUACGGCGCGCCGGCCGUGCUCGCGGUGCUCGCGGCGAGCCCCGCGGCCGCGCGCGUCCGCCGCGCCGCCGCGGGCACGGCGCUCCACGCGGCGGUCUACGGCCGCCACGGCGACGCCGUCGUCCUCGCCGUGCUCCGCGCCGAGCCCGCGGCGGCCGCCGUCAAGGACCGGCGCUUCGCGCUGCCCGUGCACGCCGCCCUCGAGACGGGCGCGUCGUGCGCCGUCGUCGUCGCCCUGCUCGAGGCCUGGCCCGAGGCGGCGAAGCACCCCUGCCCCUUCCUCCUCGAGGUGCCCCUGCGCGACGUCAACGGCGAGCUCAUCCCCGACGGCGUCGGCCGCAUCGACCAGCCCGCGCUCCUCGUCGCCGCGCUCGUGCUCCGGCGCAACGCCUACGCGGGCGCGCGCGUGGCGUCGCCGCACCUCGCGGGCCUCCUCGAGGCGCGGUCCGCGACCAUCGCGCUCCUGGACCAGUUCCCGGGCCUCGCGAAGCGUCCGACGGCGGCGCCCUGGGCGACGCCGCUCCACGUCGCCGUGGCCGUCGGCGCGUCGCCCGUCGUGCUCGGCGCGCUCGUGCGCGCGCACCCGGCCGCGUGCGCGCAGGCCGACGCGAUGAACUGCCUGCCCGUCCACGCCGCGCUCCUCCGCGGCGCGCCCGCGUCCGCGGUGGCCUGCCUCAUCAAAGCGACGCCGGACAGCGACCGGGGCCUCGGCGACGCGGCCCCGAGCGACGCGCCGCCCGAGGCGCGGCCGCUCUCCGCGCCGGACGCGCGGCCGCUCUCCGUGCCCGCGCCCGAGGCGCGGCCCCUCGUCGCGCCGACGCGCGGGCCGCCGCGCGGCGCCGCGGCGCCGCGGUCCAUCCCCGCCUAG